AUUGGGCUCUAGCCAAGAACAUCAACUUCUAUAAUGUGAGACCUCCACUAGACCAUACAGAGUACUGCUUGACAGUUCAUCAUUUCACAAGCCAUGGAAGGAGUACAUCUGUGACCAAAAAAUGUGCUACCAGGGAUGAAUGCCAUUUUGUUGGCUGUCACCCCCACAGAGAGACAGGCCAUACACUCACAUGCCUCCGUCAGCUUCCUCACCUGAAGAUUUUAAAAUCUGCUGAAUUGGAACACUUGGAAUAUUAAGCAGUAGCCUUGAAUUGAUCUAAGGUGCAUUUUUCUUCCAAUUAUAAAGAGGACUGGCUCCCAAGAAACCCGUAUGAGUGUGGCCCCACUCUGCAAUGGAAUCCUGGCCUACCCUGGCCUGGGUUCUGCUACUUAGCCUGAUCGCUGACUGUCUGAAAGCAGUUCAACCUAGAGACUUUACAGUGAAAGAUAUUAUCUACCUUCAUCCUUCAACCACACCAUAUCCUGGUGGAUUUAAAUGUUUCACCUGUGAAAAGGCAGCAGACAAUUAUGAAUGCAACCGAUGGGCUCCAGAUAUCUAUUGUCCAAAAGGGACAAGAUACUGUUACACUCAACACACAUUGGAAGCCAGUGGAGAAAGUAUAUCUGUCACUAAGCGCUGUGUGCCACUGGAGGACUGUUUGUCUACUGGAUGCAUAGAUUCAAAACACGAAGGCCGCAAGAUCUGCACUUCCUGCUGUGAAGGAAAUAUCUGCAACUUGCCAUUACCCAGAAAUGCAACUGAUGCAAUAUUUGCAACGACAUCCCCUAUAAAUCAGACAAAAAGACUUUCCCAGCGUAUAUCAAUAAUAACAUCAUGUCUCCUGUUGGUAUUUACUUCAUAGCGAUGUCAUAAGGUGCCAUUUGUCUAGUUGGAAAAGCUUAACUGGAUGAAAACCUUAGUAUCAAUAUAUGACCUUAUCUUAAUAUAUGUUCACAAUCUUAGUAUUUCAACAACAUUCCCAAAAUUUUAAUUUCUUCUUGAUUUUUUUUUUGAUUAAUUUUGGUUAGUACUGCACCUAAAUGUUCCUGAAGUGUAUUCUCCUGAAGGGGAGAAUAAUCCAAUUGUUUUCACUUAAUAUUUUAAGUAGAAACACAUUUGAAAUAUUUUCAAAGCUAGUGGGUCACCCAUAUACAUGGGUACAUAGAAUAUUCUUGAAAUUUGUCUACUCUCUGUGAAGUGGUAAUAUUUGUUAAAAAUAUAUUAUGCAGCUAUAGAAUCAUAUAAUUUGAUUAUUUGAAGCUCUCUCAUGAAGGAGUAUUUAUUUACUGAUUCCAACAAUAAUUUGAUUAUCAUAUCAAUCUUUGGCACCUUCCUGAUU